AUGAGGUCUGGAAAUAUUUUGAAAUAUGGACUGAUCAUCCUGACCCUGUUUGGCUUCAUCUUCCUGCUGCAAAAUAUUUCAAAUGAGGAGAACUGGAAGUACCACGCAGGGGCAGCACUGUACAAGUUCCAGAACCGGAUCCAAUCAAUCACCUGUCAACGCCGCCCGACCUUUCACCAAAAUCACUCCUUCUGUUCCCAUCUUGGCCAGCCGCCGUCAUCGAUGGAAGCGCUGGAGGAGCAGGAACUUUUGGACAUGAUCGAGUGGCCCCGACUGCCCUCCGGCUCGGUGACCCCCGCCCUUUCACAGAGCAGCGACCCUGCGCACAGCCUCUUUUCUAUCGUCCCCUCCAAAAAUGGAAAACGUUGGUGUGUUGGAGACCAACUGGAAGCGCUGGUCCACCUGCACGACUUCAAGGGCCGACCCAAGCGCUACGGCGGCGAUUUCCUGUUGGCUCGCUUGCACUGGCGAGAGUACGAGGCUGGCGUGGUCGGGCGAGUGCUGGACCACGAGAACGGACUUUAUACAGUUCGUUUUCCCCUGCUGUGGGAGGGUUCGGCUCAGGUGGAGGUCACCAUGGUGCACUCGAGCGAGGCCGUGGCGGUGCUGCGGCGGUUGAGGGAGAAACGGCCCGAUCGGGUCUUCUUCGUCAGCCUCUUUCGCUUAGGCCUUUAUUCAGAGACGACGGUGUGCAACGUGUGCCUUCCGCAGGACCAUGGCCCGCUGUGCAACUAUACAGACCUUCGCACAGGCGAGCCGUGGUACUGCUACAAGCCGAAAGGGCUCAGCUGCGACACCCGGAUCAACCAUGCUAAAGGAGGGUACCUCAAAAAAGUCAUCACCAAGAAGGAAGCUUUGCUCUUUCAGAGUGGCCUGAACGUCAAAGUUCCCAUCCAAGCUUCUGGAACCGACACCAUCAAAGUGCUGACCUCCAGGAAAGAAAACAGCAGUGAAAAUCUGGAUCCUGCGAAGUUAGCGACGUCGGGGUACUACUACCGGGGCGCUUGGAGGCCAUUGGAAGGCAUCACCAUGCAGCAGUUUGACAGGGCGUCUGCAGUCACUCGGUGUUUGGCUAACAAGAGAGUCAACAUGUAUGGGGAUUCCACCAUGCGCCAGUGGUUUGAGUACCUGCUCACUAUACUUCCAGAAAUGAAGGAAUUCAACCUGGAGAGUCCGAAAAAAGUUGGACCCCUAAUGGCGGUGGACAGCACACACAACAUCCUGUUGCAGUAUCGCUGCCACGGCCCACCCAUCCGCUUCUCCACUGUCCUGGCCAGCGAGUUGCGCUACAUCGCCAACGAGCUGGACGGCCUUACCGGCGGGCCCAACGCAGUUGUGGCCAUCAGCAUCUGGUCUCACUUCAGUACCUUCCCCGUGGAGGUGUACAUACGCCGCCUCCGACACAUCCGCAAGGCUGUGGUGCGACUCCUGGACCGGGCGCCAGGGACGACGGUGGUGGUCCGCACGGCCAACCCUCAGGCUUUGGAUCACGACGUCAGCCUGUACAAUAGCGACUGGUUUUCAUUGCAGCUGGACGAGGUGCUUCGCGCCAUGUUCAAGGAUCUGGACGUUUUGCUGGUGGACGCCUGGCAGAUGUGUGUGGCGCACCACCAACCACACCAUCUGCACCCUCCUGCAGCCAUUGUGAAGAACAUGGUAGAGUUGAUGUUGUCCUACGUUUGUCGAGACAGGACCAGAACGAAGCUAUGA